UUCAAAAAGUUUUAUUUCAGAUAUCGAAAAUAUCAAAUCAGAUUUAACGGAACUGGGGAAAAACUUCGAAGAAAAAAUGAAAAUAAUGGAUGGCUCUGAAAAUGACGGAAGUGACAGCAAAGUUGAAAAACAAUCUGCAAAAAUUAGCAAUCUUCAGAGUAAAGUUGAAAAUCAGUCUAAUGAAAUUAAACAAUUGAAGGAAGCAAUCACACGGAUUGAACAUAAAAUCGCUGCGUCGGAAACGCCUCAGCGAUUUCCAAACAAAUUCAGACAGAUCACCAGACCAACAACAACGACAACAUUGAAACCAAAUUCAGAAAACUGCAAAUUACAGGUUGGAAAUACCUGUUAUUUCGCUGUGAUAUUUGUUAAAGAUGACGUCUACUAUGGCAAGGCACUAGAUAUUUGUAAGAAACGCAACGCGAGUGUUGGUUUAACACGGGAUGAAGAAUCUUACAAUGCGAUUGUGAAUUACUUGAGAAAGAAUAUUCCAAAAGGAAGAACUUGGAUUCUCAUAUAAACCGGAAUCCACAUUGAUCCAAUGACUCGUGACGUCACACCUACAGAUUCAUUCACUAAAUGGAGUCCAGGUUAUCCAUCCGCAGGAAUUGAUAAUGAAGAUUAUACAAAUGUAUACCUUGCGGUUGAUUUUAACCCGAAUAAUCGAUAUCAAGGAAUAAGAAAUGGUGUUCCUACCCGACAGAGCAAUGGAGUUCUUUGUGAAAUCCUGAUCUGAUUAAAUGUCUGCCUGGUGAUAUUUUAUUCUUUUGGGCUAUCAUCAAUAAAACAUAAAUCAGUGAUAUCUGUU